AUGCACCGUCGCCACCUUGUGUCUGGUCUUCCCAGGUCCCUCCCUCCCCUCCCUGCCUCGCCUGCGCCGCCUUGCCUUCCUUGCGUCGAGGGGCGGCAGCGCGCCGCUCCUCACUCCUCCUCGUUCCCCCCGACAGAGGCUCCUCUGCAGACCCUCCACCUGGACGUGUGGGGCCCAGCCCGCGUUCGUGGUCAGGGCGGUGAGCGGUACUUUUUGCUGGUUGUCGACGACUACUCGCGUUACACCACGGUCUUCCCCUUGCGCACCAAGGGUGAGGUCCCUGCUGUUCUGAUCCCUUGGAUCCGCACAGUUCGUCUCCAGCUCCGCCGCCGUUUCCGGACGGAUCUUCCUGUCCUGCGUCUGCACUCUGACAGAGGUGGUGAGUUUUCCUCCGACCUCUUGAGGACCUUCUGUCAGGCGGAGGGCAUCGAGCAGACCUUCACGCUUCCGGACUCCCCACAGCAGAAUGGGGUUGCUGAGCGCCGCAUUGGCCUGGUCAUGGAGGUCGCUCGUACCUCCUUGGUCCACGCGGCGGCUCCCCAUUUUCUGUGGCCGUUUGCUGUCCGGUACGCCGCGCAUCAGCUCAACCUCUGGCCCCGUGUCUCCUUGCCGGAGACCUCGCCCACACUGCGUUGGACGGGGGAGGUUGGCGAUGCGUCGCGCUUCCGGGUGUGGGGUGCUCGUGCCCUUGUCCGCGAUACGUCCGCGGACAAGCUCUCCUCCCGCACGCUUCCCUGUGUCUUCCUUGGCUUUGUCCCUGACGCGCCGGGCUGGCAGUUUUACCACCCCACCUCGCGCCGGGUCUUCGCCUCUCAGGACGUCACCUUUGACGAGUCGGUCCCUUUUUACCGUCUCUUCCCCUACCGCACUGCCCCCCUCCCUCCCCCGCCGCUUUUCCUUGCUCCUGGUCCCCCUCCGGUAGACCCCCUUCCCCCUCAGGGUCCUGCUCCUUCAGGUGUCUCUCAGGUCGACCCUCCUCCCGUCGCUGAGCCUGUCGAGGUCACAGGUGACUCAGGUGCUGCUGCAGGUGGUGCUGCUGGGAGUGCUGAGCCUGCGGGUGCUGGGCCUGGGGGUGCUGGGACUACGGGUGCUGGAGCUGAGGGUACUGUGCCUGAGAGUUCGACGCCUGGGGGUGCUGAGCCUGGGGGUGCUGCGACUGGGGGUCCUGAGCCGGCGUGUGCGGAGUCUGGGGGUGCUGCGUCUGGGGGUGCUGCGCCUGCGGGUACUGAGCCUGGGGGUACUGCUACUGAGCCUACGGAGCCUCGGGUUGCUGUGUCUGGGGGUGCUCCGGUUCGGGGUGCUGAGCAGUCUCUCACACCACAGCAGCUUCGUGACUGGUACGUCCGGCGCUUUCGCCGUCCUAGUGGCUCGGCUGGAGCUGGGGGUACUGGAGCUGCCGGGACUGGUUGUUCUGGGCGCACUACGACUGGAGCUGCUGGAGCUGGGGACUCUGGAGCUGGCGGCGCUUGCGGGGUUGUAGCUGCCGACCCUGGGGGUGCUGCUGCUGCUGGUGCUGCGGACCCACCUGGUGGAGCUGCUGCUGGAGCUGAGGACCCGAGCGGUGGCGCUGCUGCUGGUGCUGGGGACCCGGACGCUGGAGUCUCUUCUGCUUCUGGAGACGCUGCGCGGCCGCGGCCGUACUUCGUACCGCUCCUUCAGCAGGUUCUUGGGCAGGCUCCUCCUCCUUGUCCUCCUCCCUCCGUAGAGUGUCCUCCGCCUGUCCAGCCGCAGUCACAGUUACCGCCUGCCUCGCCUCUCCCUGCUCCCUCUCCUUACACUGGUCCCACAGGAGGUCUUACAGAGCGUCGUGAGCCUGAGUCUCGUCCUGCGUCGCCUGUUCGUCGUGCUCGCACUGGUCGUCGUGUCCCCCGUGAGCGUCCUCCUCCUGUCCCUGGCACUCACUACAUGACUCUGCGUCCCUCUACUGCUCCUCAGCGUGUCCCUCUGCCGUCUCCUCCUGCUUCCUCUUUGCCUGACGUUCCGGACCCUGAGUCUGACCGGUAUCGUGCUGAGCACCCUACUGUCACGCGUCUCCUAGCUACUGUUGUCACUGACCCUACCUUUGAGUCCUCGGCUGCGUCUGCUCUGGUCGCUGAGUUGGUUGACUUUGCUGCUGCCUGUCGUCUAGACUACGCUGCUAGCCUUGUUGCUGAGUCUGAGUCUGAGUCUGUCUGUCCUCCGUCCGUCGGGGGUGAGUGUGCUCUUGGCACGGACGUCCUUGAGGACAGGCACGAGGACUUUGACUCUCUCGCGGCUGCUGUACCUCAUCUCGUGGCCUGGUUGCUUGCCCCUGAGGGAGACCCGGAUGCACUAGACAUCCCCACUCCGCGCACUUACGCAGAGGCGAUCUCGGGUCCCUACUCCUCUCAGUGGCAGACAGCCAUGGACGCAGAGAUGGCAUCCUGGAAGUCCACAGGCACCUACGUCGACGAGGUUCCCCCUCCUGGGGCGAACAUUGUCGAUGGCAUGUGGAUUUUCAGGGUGAAGCGGCCGCCAGGUUCUCCGCCUGUCUUCAAGGCUCGUUACGUUGCUAGAGGCUUCAGUCAGCGUCAGGGGGUCGACUUCUUCCAGACCUUCUCCCCCACCCCGAAGAUGACCACUCUUCGGGUUCUGCUGCACGUUGCUGCUCAGCGUGACUACGAGCUUCACUCUCUUGACUUCAGCACAGCGUUCCUGCAGGGCAGCCUGCACGAGGAGAUCUGGCUGCGCCGCCCACCUGGCUUUACUGGGUCGUUUCCUCCUGGUACCCAGUGGAGCCUCCGCCGGCCAGUCUACGGUCUCCGCCAGGCGCCACGCGAGUGGCACGACACACUGAGGACUACACUUGCGGCUCUUGGGUUCGCGCCGUCUACUGCUGACCCGUCGCUGUUUCUGCGCACAGACACGUCGCUGCCGCCGUUCUACAUUCUCGUGUACGUCGACGACUUGGUCUUUGCUACUGCUGACACUGAGGCACUCGCUCGUGUGAAGUCGGAGCUGCAGAAGAGACACACCUGCACUGACCUGGGUGAGCUGCGUAGCUACCUUGGCUUGCAGAUCACCCGGGACAGAGCUCGCCGCACCAUCACCCUGACUCAGUCACACAUGGUGCAGCAGGUCCUUCAGCGCUUCGGCUUCCAGUUCUCCUCACCACAGGCCACACCUCUGGCUACCAGCCACUCGCUCUCAGCUCCACCUCCGGACGAGUCCGUAGAGCCGAGUGGCCCGUACCCAGAGCUUGUGGGCUGCCUCAUGUACCUGAUGACUUGCACGCGACCUGACCUUGCGUACCCUCUUAGCAUCCUUGCUCGUUACGUUGCGCCUGGGAGACACAGAGUUGUCCUCACUGGCCACUCGGACGCUUCUUGGGUGGACGACCUGGCUACGCAGCGGUCGUCACAGGGUUACACCUUCAGCCUUGGCUCUGGUUCUGUCUCGUGGCGGUCCACCCGUUCUUCUUCUGUUCUCAGCUCUAGUUGUGAGGCUGAGAUCUACGCCACGGCCAUGGCUGCACAGGAGUUACGCUGGCUCACCUACCUGCUGACUGACUUAGGAGAGCGGCCUAGUUCUCCUCCAGUUCUGUACGGCGACAACAAGGCGGCCCUUGCCUUGUGUCAGGAGCACAGACUGGAGCACAGGACGAAGCACAUUGCUCUUCGCUACUUUCUUGCUCGAGAGCUUCAGCAGCGCGGUCAGCUUCGGCUUGUGUACGUGGACUCGAAGGCCAACACUGCUGAUAUCUUCACCAAGGCGCUCCCGCCUAGUGAUCAUCAGCGGCACUGUACUUCUUUAGGCCUUGUGUCCACGUUUCCUCACUUGCUCACUGCUUGA